AUGGGAAGCGCAUCACUCCUUCGCUUCCUGAGAAGCGCAUUGCUCCCUCGGCUUCCUGGGAAGCGCAUCGUUCUUCGGCUUCCUGGGAAGCGUAUCGCUCCUUUGGCUUCUUUGGAAGCGCAUUGCUCAUUGGCUUCCUGGGAAGCGCAUCGCUCCUUCGCUUCCUGGGAAGCGCAUUGCUCCCUCGGCGGCUUUCUGAGAAGCGCAUUGCUCCUUCGCUUCUUGGGAAGCGCAUCGCUCCUUCGCUUCCUGGGAAGCGCAUCGCUCCACGGCUUCCUGAGAAGCGCAUUGCUCCCUCGGCUUCCUGAGAGGCGCAUCGCUCCAUCCGUUUCCUGGGAAGCGUCGCUCCUCGGCUUCCUAGGAAGCGCAUCGCUCCUUCGCUUCCUGGGAAGUGCAUUGCUCCCUCGGCUUCCUGAGAAGCGCUUUGCUCCUUCGCUUUUUGGGAAGCGCAUCACUCCACGGCUUCCAGAGAAGCGCAUCGCUCCUCGGCUUUCUGGGAAGCGCAUCGCUCCUUCGCUUCCUGAGAAGCGCAUUGCUCCCUCGGCUUCCUGGGAAGCAUUCCUUAGAGGAGAAUUGCUCAAAGGCGGGAAGCAUUCCAAAGAGUGA